UUGGAGCCGCAGUCAAAAGCCUCAGUGGGGAGGGACGGACGGCGCGGCUGAGCCCUGCAAAACCCGCCCCGGGCGGGCUGGCGAGGCGAGCUUCACAGCCGGGCUCCCCAACCCGCGCCGCGCGAGGGACGCGGUGGCCGCAGAGCCUGCGGGUCACUGGACACGCCGGGGCUCUGAGCCGGCGCCCACCAUGCGCCCCGGGACGGCUCGGAGGCCGCCCGCGCUGCUGCUGCAGCUCCUGCUGGUGCUCCUGGCGGCGGCGCCCACGACAGGCAAGGGCUGUGUCUGUAAAGACAAAGGCCAGUGCUUCUGUGAUGGGAUCAAAGGAGAGAAGGGGGAGAAAGGCUUUCCUGGACCCGCUGGUUCUCCUGGCCAGAAGGGGUUCCCAGGUCCCGAAGGCUUGCCUGGACCACAGGGACCCAAGGGCUCACCAGGACUUCCAGGACUCACCGGUCCCAAAGGUGGAAGGGGAAUAACUGGAUUGCCAGGAUUCUCAGGUCCUCCUGGACUUCCAGGCACCCCGGGCCAUCCUGGACCAUAUGGACCUGCUGGUGUACCAGGGUGCAAUGGUUCUAAGGGUGAGCAAGGGUUUCCAGGCCUUCCGGGGAUACCAGGCUACCCAGGGAUCCCGGGUGCUGUUGGCUUGAAAGGAGAAAAGGGAGCUCCCGCUGCAGAAGGUAUAGAACUUGAUGGAAGAGGUGACCCCGGGUUGCCAGGAGCCCCAGGAUUACAGGGCUUACCAGGCCUUCCAGGUUUUCCUGGACCCGUUGGUCCACCUGGCCCUCCAGGGCUCUUUGGCUUUCCAGGAACCAUGGGACCUCCGGGACCUAAGGGUCACAUGGGCGAUAAUGUGAUAGGACAAAAAGGAGAGCGGGGUGUGAAAGGAUUGACAGGACCCCCUGGACCACCAGGAACGGUUAUUGUGACGCUAACCGGCCCAGAUAACAGAACGCAGGACCUCAAGGGAGAGAAAGGGGACAAGGGAGCCAUGGGCAAAUCCGGACCUCCUGGACCCUCAGGACCGCCUGGGGAAUCUUAUGGAGCUGAAAAAGGUGCUCCUGGAGAACCUGGCCCGCAGGGAAAACCUGGAAAAGAUGGAACCCCUGGUUUCCCUGGCACUGAGGGAGCCAAAGGCAACAGGGGCUUCCCUGGGUUACCAGGUGAAGACGGCAUUAAGGGGUGGAAAGGGGACAUUGGCCCUCCAGGAUUCCGUGGUCCAACAGAAUAUUAUGAUGCAUACCAGGAAAAGGGGGAUGUAGGAAUUCCAGGCCCACCAGGCCCCAAAGGAGCUCGUGGCCCACAGGGUCCCAGUGGUCCUCCUGGAGUUCCUGGAAGUGUUGGGUCGUCGAGGCCUGGCCUCAGAGGAGCCCCUGGAUUCCCAGGCGUGAAAGGAAGGAAAGGGGAACGAGGACCCCCGGGAAAGAAUGCAGUGGGGCCUCCUGGGUCCCCAGGUUGUCCUGGGGCACCAGGCCCCACAGGGUCGCCGGGAUACCCAGGACCACCAGGUGACAUCAUUUUUCGCAAAGGUCCACCUGGAGAUAGUGGACUUCCAGGCCCUAUAGGGUUUCCAGGAAUCCCAGGAGUUGAUGGGCCCAAAGGGGAACCAGGCCUCCUGUGCAUCCAGUGUCCUUGUGUCCCAGGGCCUCCGGGCCUCCCAGGAUUGCCGGGGUUAGACGGCAUGAAAGGAAUCCCAGGCGGACAAGGGCCAGCUGGCACUAAAGGAAGCCCAGGGUCCCCAGGAAGUGCGGGUCUUCCCGGAUAUCCAGGGUUCCCGGGUGCUCAGGGGGAUCCAGGACUUAAAGGAGAAAAAGGGGAAGCACCUCAACCUGAUGGACAAGUGGGUGCCCCCGGGGACCCUGGGCUCAGAGGGCAUCCUGGAAGAAGAGGCUUGGAUGGAAUUCCUGGAACCCCCGGGGUAAAAGGAUCACCAGGACCUAAAGGGGAACCGGCCCUGACUGGUGAGAAGGGGGACCAGGGUCCUCCAGGGGAUCCCGGCACCCCUGGGCCCCCGGGACCGGCAGGACCACCUGGACCACCAGACUAUGGACCGCAGGGAGAGCCUGGUCCAAAGGGUACCCAAGGAAUUCCUGGAGCCCCCGGACCGCCUGGAGAAGCCGGUCCUAAGGGAGAAUUCAGUGUUUCGACACCAGUCCCAGGGCCCCCAGGACCUCCAGGGCUCCCUGGCCGUGCUGGCCCCCAAGGUCCGCCUGGUCUCCCUGGAUCCAUAGGAAAAUGUCGUUAUCCGGGUCUUCCUGGGCCUGAUGGUGAACCAGGGAUUCCAGGAAUUGGCUUCCCUGGGCCCCCAGGACCUAAGGGAGACCAAGGUUUUCCAGGAGCAAAAGGAUCAACAGGUUAUCCAGGAGAAAUGGGAAAGCCUGGGUCACCUGGAGAACCAGGUCUCCCCGGAGCCAAGGGAGAGCCGGGACUAGCCUUGCCUGGAGAACCAGGAACGCCAGGUUUUCCGGGAGAAAGAGGCAAUUCUGGGGAAAAUGGAGAAAUUGGACUCCCUGGACAUCCAGGUCUCCCUGGAAUUCCAGGAACCAGAGGGCUUGAUGGACCACAAGGGGAUCCAGGGAAGGCUGGACCACCUGGAGAAAAAGGACCCCCAGGAAGGUGCAUGGAGGGUCCCAGGGGAGCCCAAGGACUUCCAGGAUUAAAUGGAUUGGAAGGUCAACAAGGCAGAAGAGGUGAAACGGGGCCAAAGGGAGACCCAGGUAUUCCAGGCUUGGAUAGGUCAGGCUUUCCUGGAGAACCCGGACCACCAGGGAUGCCAGGUCAUCGAGGUGAGGUGGGACCACCUGGUCAAAAAGGAUAUCCAGGAAAUCCAGGAUUUUUAGGACCACCAGGUGAAAAAGGGACGAUUGGCAUGAUGGGCUAUCCGGGACACAUUGGUCCUCCAGGGCCUCCCGGAAAGCCAGGAACCCCAGGACAGAGGGGUGACUUUGGAAUCCCAGGAUCAAAGGGUGAGAAAGGGCCCCCAGGAGCCCAGGGUGAAGAAGGAGACAAAGGACCCCUGGGGCCUCCUGGAAUAUCCCACUUACUGGGGGACAAAGGAGAACCAGGCCUCAAAGGAUUUGCAGGGAAGCCGGGUGAGAAAGGAAACAGUGGUGUUCCAGGGUUACCGGGUUUAAAAGGACUCCAAGGGCCACCUGGACCACCAGGACCACCAGGCCCCAGAGGAGAUCCAGGCAACAUUGGGAAUCCCGGGGCACCAGGACCACGUGGCGUGCCAGGAAGCAUGGGGAUCAUCGGGGUGCCAGGUCCUAAAGGACACAGGGGAGCUUUGGGACUACCAGGCUUAACUGGAAGGCCAGGCCUCCCAGGUGUUCACGGUCUCCAAGGAGAGAAGGGAGAGCCGGGUUAUUCAGCAGGUGCAAGGCCAGGAUCACCGGGACCAAAGGGAGAUCCAGGAUUUCCAGGUGACAUGGGAAGGAAAGGAGAAAGAGGGGUACCUGGAGCACCCGGACAUUCGGGGCCUGCUGGACCUGAGGGAGCGCCUGGAAACCCCGGAAGUCCUGGUCACCCAGGAAAGCCGGGCCCUGAUGGUGAUUUGGGGUUAAAAGGCAUUAAAGGCUUCCCCGGUCCUCCAGGAGUAAAAGGCCCUCCAGGACCUCCAGGAUUUCCAGGACCUCCCGGACCAAUGGGGAUGAGAGGCAACCAGGGACGUGAUGGAAUCCCUGGCCCAGCAGGAGAAAAGGGAGAAACAGGUUUGCUGAAAGCAGUUCCAGGCCCCAGAGGGAGCCCUGGAGUUGCAGGAGCCAAAGGAGACAGGGGAGCCCCAGGCUUACCCGGCCUCCCCGGCAGGAAAGGGAUAGUGGGAGAUGCCGGGCCGUGGGGACCCACCGGCAUGACGGGACUCCCAGGACCACCGGGUUUUCCUGGCGCAGUCAUCCCUGGCCAGAAAGGAAAUCGAGGUCCACCAGGCUUCAGAGGAAACCCAGGUGACCCUGGUCCUCCGGGACCUCCAGGGAGUCACGUGAGAGGCUUGAAAGGAGACAAGGGGCUUCUGGGCAAGCCUGGCCCUAGAGGUCCACCUGGAACUGUAGGAGACGAGGGGCCACCGGGUCAGCCGGGAGCACCAGGUGCCCCAGGUCUGCCAGGGCUCAGAGGUGAUCCGGGAUUCCAUGGAUUUCCAGGUGUAAAAGGGGAGAAGGGUAAUCCAGGAUUUCUGGGACCAGUCGGACCUCCAGGGCAAAUUGGGCCAAAAGGACCACCCGGUAUACUUGGAGACCCUGGCACAGUUAAGAUCAUCUCCCUCCCGGGAAGCCCAGGGCCACCUGGACCUGUUGGAGAACCAGGGAUGCAAGGAGAGCCUGGGCCACCGGGGCCACCAGGAAUCCUAGGACCCUGUGGGCCAAGAGGUAAACCAGGCAAGGAUGGAAGGCCGGGAACUCCUGGGCCAAUUGGAGAAAAAGGCAACAAAGGCUGUAAAGGAGAGCAAGGACCCCCUGGUUUGGAUGGACUGCCAGGCUUGAAGGGCAAACCUGGAGACAUUGGACCACCCACAACUGCAACAGCCAUGAGAGGCUUCAUCUUCACCAGGCACAGUCAGACCACAGCCAUCCCUUCCUGCCCAGAAGGCACACAGCCGCUCUAUAGUGGGUUCUCUCUUCUUUUUGUACAAGGAAAUGAACAAGCCCACGGACAAGACCUGGGAACCCUUGGCAGCUGCCUGCAGCGAUUUACCACAAUGCCAUUCUUGUUCUGUAACAUCAAUGACGUAUGCAAUUUUGCAUCUCGAAAUGAUUAUUCAUACUGGCUGUCAACACCCGCUCUGAUGCCAAUGGACAUGGCUCCAAUUACUGGCAGGGCCCUGGAGCCUUAUAUUAGCAGAUGCACCGUCUGUGAAGGUCCUGCGAUGGCCAUAGCUAUCCACAGCCAAACCACUGACAUUCCCUCCUGUCCUCACGGCUGGAUUUCUCUCUGGAAAGGAUUCUCUUUUAUCAUGUUCACAAGUGCAGGUUCUGAGGGCGCAGGUCAGGCUCUGGCAUCCCCCGGGUCCUGUCUGGAAGAAUUCCGAGCCAGUCCAUUUAUAGAAUGUCAUGGAAGAGGAACGUGCAACUACUAUUCAAAUUCCUACAGUUUCUGGUUGGCUUCAUUAAACCCCAAAAGAAUGUUCAGAAAACCUAUUCCAUCAACUAUGAAAGCUGGGGAGUUAGAAAAGAUAAUAAGUCGCUGUCGGGUGUGCAUGAAGAGAAGACAAUGAAGAAAACAGUACUGUUCUUUUUUGUCCUAAAUAACCAAGUAAUGGUGCAGAAUAUGCAUUUAUUUGGGAAGUUUUCUCUAACCAAACAAUAUGGUUCUGUGAUGACUUACUACAAAGUUUCUAUUUGUUUCCCCACACAACAAAGCAUUUCUUCUACGUCAGUUCUGCCAUCCGGGUAUCUAAAUAUGCGAUCUUGCAGAGUUUCCCGCGGCAAGGCAGACUUGGCCAAAAAUACCACUGAGCUCAUCUUCCAUUCGUAUCCGGUGCGCUAGCUCCAUGGCGAGUGUAUGAAGUUUGAUGCCACAAGUUCACUGGAUUUGCCCCCUUCUAGCCCAGUCUUUGAGACUCAGGGAGGCUAAAUCGCUUUGAGAUUGUGCCACCAACCCCUCCCUAAAACUUUAGCCCCUGGGACAGGAAGGAGAUGGGGGCAGGUGGAGUAAUAGAGCCUCAUGAAUUGUACUGUACUUUCAGACCCGUUCAGUAACCGAAGGCCUGAGGAAACCAGAACCGAACUAAGGUUCAUGGAUAUUCUAGGGCUCUUUCAAAGGUACCCAAGACUAAGGCCAAAAGGGGGUUUCAUAUUUUUUUAAAGCUUUGUUUUCCCAUGGAAUUCAUUUCACUGCAGCAGUACGACCUGCUUGUGUUCCCAUGGUUACCCUUACUGAAUUAAUUUUAAUAGGCUGAUGUUAUACACAUACUCUGCGAUGUAUCUCACUUCCGUUUUGCCAGCUCACCCGCACAAAUAACAAGGACACUACUUCAAUGUGCACUUUAACCCCAUCCCUAUAGAUGGUCAGAAGACUUAAGACGUUUGUUGGCUAAUCGGGCUCCAGGGAUUAUUCCCUUGCUGUGAUCCAUUCAUAUUCCAUUUAACCUGGGGAUUUCCAGAUUAAUUCCCUGGCUAUUUCUCUAAUUCUUUUUUUUUUUGUAAAAAAAAAAAAAAAUGUGUUUUAUAUUACAUAUUCUUACCAACCGUGUGGAAAGAGUUGUGUAAAAAUCUUAAUGUACAAAUUGUAUAGUUUGGCAGAUAUAGGUCUUAAAAUUUGCUUUUCACUGUGUUGAUACAUUCCCCAGGUUACUUAAUUCAACUGAACAAGCAUUUCAUUCAGCACCAAGCCAUGUCCCAGGCAUGGUGCUAAAUUGUAGCUAGUAAGGGGGAGAAAAAGAGACUUGCUUUCGACCUGAUAAUCCAGAAGAGGUGAUGAACUUACUGCUGCCGUUAAGACUCCCACAUAUCCGAGCUGGGGUUUUUUUUCCCCCUUUUCUUCCUUUGUCACUGUCCUUCACUGUUGUUAUAUGCCAUCAGCAUAAUUCAGUAGAUCUCUGUAAAGGUUUACAAAUAAGAUCUUUGCCCAGGGAAAGCCCAGGAUAUCUAGCUUCUCUUAGGCAUUGCAGAAGCCAGGUAGGAACAAUGUUAAGAAAACAAAGGUCUGCAAAACUCUAGAAACCACUUGUACUUGAUGGUGACACUCUCUGAUGGAUCUGAGGCCAGGUAUCCUGAGGCAAAGUUCUGAAGACGCUUCUUGAUCCCCCCAGGUGGCCUCGGUGGUGCUGAUAUUCAAAUUCAGGUCAUUGCUUCUGUCUCAGUUGCGAAGUGAAGGUGUGACCGCACAGGACAGCACACACUGUGACUGUGGUUCCCAUCCUUCGCUGCUCACAUGACUGCCAUCAAGACAUUUGUACAUUUGAACGUUAUGAAGUGCAUUUUACUUAGUUUACGUAGACUCACCUCCUAUUAAGACUUUUUUGCUCUACAGAUACCCUACGGUCCCAAUCGUACAAUAAUGGCAUAGAGGGCUAACUGACGCCCACAACCCUCUGUAAGCCAGUAGUUCUCAAAGUGUGGUCCCUGGACCAGCUGCAUCAGCAGCAUCUGGGAGCUUGCUACGAAUGCCCAUUUUAGGGCAUCGCAGACCUACAGAAUCAGAAACUCUAGGGGGUAAGGCCCAGAAAUGUGAAUUUUCACAAGCACUCCAGGCGAUUGCCAAAGCACUCCACGUUAGAACAGGUGAUGGAGGCAAACAGCCAAGAGAAGAUUCUGCGGGCAGUUACCUGGCACCGCUGGCUGCUAUAGCUCCAUCUGUCCCUCUCUUUGAAGUCCCAGGUCACAAUUAGCCUGAAGGUCGGCUAAUUUUACUAAUCCAGAAAGCCCUAGAUUGGUGCUACAGCCAAAGGACUGGCCUCCGCUUAGCCAAGCCUCCUCUCCUCCGGCUGCUUAUCAGUGUUUCACUUCUGACAAAGACAGGCUGUACGAAAGCCUUACAUUCCAGUGAAGCCAUUAACAGCUGCUCUGCCAUAUGUCACACGUCUGAGGCUGACCAUUGAAACACAGCUCCCCUGCCUCGCUUUCCAGACGCCUAGGAGUAGCUUAUAGUGUUAUGCAGACUUACCUUUGUAGAUAAAAUGUAAAUACCUUGUUUCUUUUAAAAUUGGGGCUUCAACUUUGGAAUUUCACAGUGUGCUAAAAUAAUGGAUUUCUCAGAGGUCUCUCUUUUUGCAAGGUAAACAUUAUUAACUUAUUUAUGAAAGUAUUACAAUAAUGCUAAAUUUGAAUUUCAGUGCUAAUUUAACUUACAAAGAUUUUUCUAUGCAGCAAAUGUAACUUACUGCAACUAAACUUAAUUUAAUGUUUACUCUAUAACCAAAUGAAAUAUAUUUAAAAUAUAUUGAAUAUUUUAUAUUAUUAUAUCCUGACAUUACAAUGUUGUAAUGUACUAAUAUUUCUGUAAUUAUAGUUAAAAAUUAUUUUAUUGUAUUGUCUAAAAAUAAAAUUGAAAAAAUGA